CUCAAUCUUUGAAAAAAAAAGAAGUUAAAUUCAACUACGGAAAUAUAUAAAUUUAAUCAAUCGCAUAGCUUCCUCGGAAUUUGCUUCGCCGGAGAAUUUUCGCACCGGAAAGAGAGGGCUUCGCCGGAGCUGGCUUCUGCAACUCCUCGCACUUCCUCCCAUGUCUCUGCAUUCGUUUUCCCUCUCUCUCUCCUUGUCCUCACUGUCUACAGCUUUCUCAAAGUUGGCGGCAACCUCGCAAGAGGCUUUAUUGGGGAGGAAGCAUUUGGAUCAAUUAUACGUUCAGUUAAUUGUGUCUGGAUUACACAAGUGUCGUUUCUUGGUAAUCAAAUUUGUCAAUGCAUGCUUGCAUCUUGGAGACGUUUACUAUGCGCACAAGGCUUUUCGUGAAGUCUUAGAACCAGAUAUUUUGUUGUGGAAUGCAGUCAUAAAGGGCUAUACUCAGAAUAAUAUUUUUGUCGGUGCUGUCAAAUUGUAUACAGAGAUGCAAGUAUCAGGGGUCCACCCAGAUUGCUUCACAUUUUUGUACGUGCUUAAAGCAUGCGGUGGAAUGUCUAUUGAAGAAAUAGGUAAACAGAUGCAUGGCCAGACAUUUAAAUAUGGCUUUGGAUCAAAUGUUUUUGUGCAGAACAGUCUUGUGUCAAUGUAUGCUAAAUUUGGUCAAACCUCACCUGCGAGGGUCGUGUUUGAUAAGUUGCAAGAUAGAACUGUUGUUUCGUGGACUUCCAUCAUUUCUGGGUAUGUUCAGAAUGGUGAUCCUGCAGAAGCAUUGAGUGUUUUCAAAAAAAUGAGACAAAGUAAUGUGAAACUUGAUUGGAUUGCUCUUGUUAGUGUAAUGACAGCAUAUACAGACAUGGAAGAUUUGGGACAAGGAAAGUCCAUUCAUGGCUUAGUGACUAAAUUGGGUCUAGAAUUUGAACCCGAUAUUGUGGUAUCGCUCACUACCAUGUAUGCAAAACGUGGACAGGUGGAAGUUGCCAGAUUUUUCUUUAAUCAGAUGGAAAAACCAAAUUUAGUUUUGUGGAAUGCUAUGAUUUCUGGUUAUGCAAAAAAUGGGUAUGGUGAAGAAGCAAUAAAGCUAUUUCGUGAGAUGAUUUCAAAAAAUAUCAGGGUAGAUUCUGUUACUGUGAGGUCUGCUAUUCUAGCUGGUGCCCAAGUGGGGUCCCUUGAUCUAGCGAGAUGGUUGGAUGGUUAUAUCUCUAAGAGUGAGUACAGGGACGAUACUUUUGUAAACACGGCCCUUAUAGAUAUGUAUGCAAAAUGUGGAAGCAUAUAUUUUGCUAGUCUUGUUUUUGAUAGGAUGGUUGAUAAAGAUGUUGUUUUAUGGAGUGCAAUGAUUAUGGGGUAUGGAUUACAUGGCCAUGGAAAAGAAGCCAUCAAUCUUUACAAUGCAAUGAAGCAAGUCGGAGUUCGUCCAAACGAUGUUACUUUUGUUGGCCUUCUCACAGCUUGCAAAAAUUCAGGUUUGGUAAAAGAGGGAUGGGAUCUUUUCCAUGAGAUACGGGACCAUGGGAUUGAGCCACAUCACCAGCAUUACUCUUGUGUGGUCGAUCUUCUAGGACGUGCAGGCUACUUGAAUCAAGCUUAUGACUUUAUUAUGAAUAUGCCGAUUAAACCUGGAGUCAGUGUUUGGGGGGCACUUCUGAGUGCGUGCAAGAUCCAUCGCCAAGUGAAGUUGGGAGAAAUUGCUGCAGAACAGCUUUUCUCAUUAGAUCCAUAUAAUACAGGGCAUUAUGUGCAGCUCUCAAACCUAUAUGCUUCUGCUCAUUUAUGGAAUCACGUGGCAAACGUACGAUUAAUGAUGACGCAGAAAGGACUGAACAAGGACCUUGGACAUAGUUCUAUUGAGAUCAAUGGGAAUCUCGAAACAUUCCACGUUGGAGAUAGAUCACAUCCUAGAUCAAAGGAAAUCUUUGAAGAGCUUGAUAGACUGGAAAGGAGACUAAAAGCGGCUGGUUAUAUUCCUCAUAUGGAAUCUGUUCUGCACGACUUGAAUCAUGAGGAGAUUGAGGAAACUCUUUGUAAUCACAGUGAGAGGCUAGCAGUUGCUUAUGGCAUCAUCAGUACUGCUCCUGGAACUCCACUUCGAAUAACGAACAAUCUCCGAGCAUGUGUUAAUUGCCAUUCAGCCAUAAAGCUUAUAUCGAAGCUUGUCGAUAGGGAAAUAAUUAUUCGAGAUGCGAAACGUUUUCAUCGCUUCAAAGAUGGAGCUUGUUCAUGUGGAGAUUUUUGGUGAAGCCUGCUACCAGUUCCCAGCAUGGAUGCCUCGCCACUCUCCCCAAUUUUGCACCAUUCCUCGUCUUCUGGUUCUGGCUGUCUCAAUCUUCGUUGGAGUGUUUCGCCUUCAUUCCUGUACGACUGGGACUGGAAGGUCGAUCGUGGAUCAAAUUUGAAGCCCAAGGAAAAAGCUGCAUCUCCUGAUGCGACUAGAGUUUUGGAGUCAAUUCCUGUGAGUUCAAUUACCAUCCAGCUGAAUGCCCUCUCUCCCCACCUUCCCUCUUCUAGUUGAAGCGACCUUCAUUGUGAUUGAGUUUUUCAUUGUCAGCAAACUUGUUAAGCAUGAGUUUAACGUUGCUUUCAAGGAGUGAAGUUGAUAUUCAGAACAAAAGAGUUAGAGCAGCAGUAAAAAAGAUAUAGCCACAUAUACAGACACAAUAAGCACAAAGCUCGAUGAUGAUAAUCGCAAUGUUGGUGUUAAUAGGAAAGCAGCAUUGAAAGAGAUGACGUAAAGGAACCUUUUACUGAGGUGUUCAUGUUCAAGAAAAAUUUUGACCACCUACCCAAGGAUACACAUAUUUUGGCAUGUACAAAGAAUCAACUCCUGGUAAUCCAAAUUACUUAUUUACUUGUGGAAAUGGGAAAUCAGCUGCUCGAAUUCAAGAUCAUCUUCGACCCAACGGUGCACAUAGAUGGCACAAAUGACAUGAAAACCCCGACUGAGAUCAAACUGGAGGAAGCUGCUGUAGCUACCGCAUAUGCGAAAUUUUCUGACUUGACCUCUAGACGUGAUCGCUGUGGCUGCAAACCUGCCAAAGAUGAUGUUGAAAAGAUGCUUUAUGUUGUCAUUUGAUAGAACUGUGCGUUUAGUGUCUCCUGAUCUUGUUUUUCUUUCAUAAGCAUAUAAGCUGCUGGCCUCUCAAAAAGCUUCUAAGAACAGGUAUCAAGCUUACGAUUUUAUUAUGAAUAUGCCAGUUAAACUUGGAUCUUGAACAUAGUUCUAUUGAGAUCAAUGGGAACCUUGAAACAUUCCACGUCGGAGAUAGAUCACUUCCUAGAUCAAAGGAAAUCUUUGAAGAGUUGAUAAAUUGGGGAGGAGAUUAAAAAGCAGCUGGUUAUGUUCCUCAUAUGGAAUCUGUUCUGCAUGACUUGAAUCAUGAGGAGAUCAAGGAAGCUGUUUGUAACCACAAUGAUAGGCUAGCAGUUGCUUAUCGAAUAACGGAGCAUGUCGAUAGGGAAAUAAUUAUUCGAGACGCGAAACGUUUUCAAGGUUCAUGUGGAGAUUUUUUGUGAAGCCUGGUUGGUAUUCUAACUUUACUUCAACCUUACAACACCUAUUCAAUUUGAUGAAUUCCCAUUGGUCCAUUAUAGCCAUCCUUUGAUGUGAAAUUGAAGAAACAUCCAUUUUUUUCUGUGUAAAAUUGUAUUGAGACAUAUCCAUAAAGCUUGGAAUUUAGAAGUUAAAUAGUUCUUGAUAACAUUUUUAUAGUUGGGUCUUCAUUUUGGGGGAAAAUUAAGGCUCAUUUCUUGUGGUAGAAGAUUGGAUAUACCUAUCU